GUGUCAGAGGCUGUUCAGUGACAGUGUGGUGCGGACCAUGCUGGAGGUGGCCAGGACGGUGGAGCAAAUUCUCAGGGACCCAGAGGAUAGUCUGGUUGUGUUGAGCGGUUGUGUGGAACCUUGGUCGCCUGGCCUUCCUAAUAGCGGUAUUUAUUACUAUAAUUCCACCAUUUAUAAUUGUAUCAUAUGUUAUAUGCAGUUUCUAUAUGAGAUGUGUGUUUUUCCAGUCAUUGUUUAACAGAUCCCUGAGAGACAGGCAGCAGAAAACUGUUUACUCUUACAUCAUUGCUGGGGGAGACAGAGCCCUGCUCACAUCCCAGGAGGCAUCAGAGGAUGACCCCAAACUAGGCAUGCUCACACUGGAGAAGCUAUGUGAAGGAAAGAGGCAUGUCCUGUUCAUCGGCAUUUCCUGUGGCCUGUCUGCUCCAUUUGUAGCAGGACAGCUGGACUUUUGUCUGAAACACCCUGACAUCUACACUCCUGUACUGGUGGGAUUCAACCCCGUCACACAGGCCAG